GGAAUCUGAAGCAGAACGGGGAUGAGAUUGAGCUUGAUAUUGAGGCUGCUGACACUGAGAUUCUUUGGGAAAAUUAAGCGGCAGGCACUACUCGGCAACUUGAACAACAACAAUGCCGCAUCCAAUAAAUCCAAUGGGGAAUUGGCUACUAGUGAAAAGGUUGAGGCGGCUCCGGUUGAGGUGAAGAAACCAAAGAAAAUGGAUGCUGGGGAUGGGGAUGUUGACAUUGGGGAUGAGAUGCCGAUGAGUACUUCCCCCAUGUGGAGAUUGAGAAAGAUAAAGAAGUCGCCGGCGGUCAUGCUAUUAGUAGUUCUAGUAGCUCCAGCAAUUCAAGUAGUGAUUCCUCGUCGUCUAGUGAUUCAGAUUCAGCGAGUUCCUCAAAGAGUGAUUAUGAAGCAUGGCCAAUGUGCGGUGUUCCGCCGAAGAAAAUGAUUUGCUUCACAGCUUCUUUUGAGUGUGCAACUUUGAUUCAUGGAUGAGGUGUGUACUUUUGAUUCUCUUUGUAUUUUCUUUUCGCUGCAAUGCUUCAAUUUUCUGCAGAUGGAAUGAUGGCUAAAUUUGUGAUUGCGUUGUUAUUUCAAGUAGUGUUGUUGUGAACAUAGUUUGCUGUUUCAUAUUGGAUGAAUUUUUGGUGGCAGGACAACUGCUAGAAGAGGUUUGUGGUGUGCGUUAUUUUGUAAAAAGGAUUCCUAAUACUGAAGAGCUAAUAAAAACAAUGGUAGGCCAGAAAUUAAAGUGCAAUGUGGUGAAAAUCUUAGUUUAGUUCCGUUAGAUUGGUUAGAGAUUAGGAUAGGUCAGGGAGAAUCAAUGUUUUUGAGUUCACCUUGUACACAUUACUACUACAGUAAAUAGAAUUAUCCUCGUUGGAGAUAGCCUUUUAUCAAAAGGAAUAUGAAUCUAAUUUGUUGGGAUUGACAAUUAAUCAAAUUAGAGAUCUAAAUUUUGUAUGUACCACAGACUUUAAUGACUCAUUAUGUAAUCACCUAUUCUUUCAA